UUUGUCUCCUGGGGUGGCCUGAUGCUGGAGUCAUCUCUACCAAGACUGUGUCCUUCCAGUGGCAGCGCUGUGUGUCCACAACAUCUGGUUAUAGAAAGAACAGAACUAGAGCACCCUGUGGGCUGGAUGUGAAUCACUGCAGGGCAUUGUGCACCUAAUAAGUGAGAAGAUAAAAACUGUAAUCAGCUCUACAGGUAGCUUGGUUCUUACAGGGCAGAGAAGCAAAUCUAGGCUGUAGCCAAGUGAUAGGAUGGUGUUCAUCUUGGGGCUGUCAAAAAGUCCCAUGUGCUUUCCCUAGCCAGAGCUCCAGCUUGGUACAGGAAUGCAUGUCUUCACCUUGGAGACCUGGUAUAACGAAAUACUGAUUUUGUCUGGAAUAGAAUUAAUUUUCUUCACAGUAGCUUGCUGUAUGUCGAGUAACACAGGGAUGGCUUAGUUACUGCUGAGCAGUGCUUACACAGAUCAAGGCUUUUUGUGCUUCUCACACUGCUCCUCCCAGUGAGUAAGCUGGGGGUGCACAAGGAGUUGGGAAGGGACACAGCCAGGACAGCUGACCAAAGAGAUAGAUACCCUAUAGCAUGUGAUGUUGUGCUCAGCAAUAAAAGCUGGGACGUGGAAGGGGGAGUUUGCCAGGGCUGCUCAGGGACUUGCUGGGCAUUGGCUGGCUGGUGUGAGCAAUUGCGCUUUCUGAAUUACCUGUUUUUCUUGGGUUUGGGUUUGUUUUGGUUUGGUGGUUUUUUUUUUUUUUGUUGUUGUUGUUGUUGUUUAUUCAGCAGUCUCUAUCUCAAACCAUGAGUUUUGCAACUUUUGCCCUUCCUUUUCCCCUCCUACUGUGGGGGAGUGAGAGGCUCUGUGGUGCUUAGCUGCCUAUCAAGAUUAAACCACAACACAGGGAAAACGUUUCUAGUCCUCACAUGCUGCAAAAUACACUUUGUGGUGAGUAGAAUCAGGAGUUGCUGUUAUUUCAAGAUCGGUUGUGGUUCUGCAGGAGGUUCCAGAAUGGAAUUUGCUGCUUGCCCAGUCCUCCCAUGACUGGCACGCCUUCUUGCCAAGCUUGGCACCAAGUGGAUGUCACUUUUAUUGGCCGGCUCAUAAAUGUUCGCACACUGGAGCACUGAUCUCCUUCCGGCUUAGUCAGACUGGAGUUGUACAUUGAUCACUGAGAUGAUGGGUCCAAGGUUCCCCUGGCUGCUCUGGGCCUAUGCAUGCUGCUGGAGCACUGGCUUUUGCAGGAAGGUUGUGGUCUGGCCCACCGAUGCAAGUCACUGGAUCAAUGUGAAAGUGCUGCUGGAAAAGCUUGUUCUCCGGGGUCAUGAAGUGACUGUGCUGGUAGCCUCAAGCAAUCUGCUCAUCGACUACCAAGACACCUCCUCCCCCUUCACCUUUGAGGUCCUGCAAGUCCCCUUCACCCAGGAGACACUGGAUGAUGUCAUGGAUGAAUUCCUCAAUUUCUGGAUGAAUGAGGUCCCUAAUCUCUCACCCUGGAAGUUCAUGUGGAGAAUGAAAAAGGACCAGGAGAUCUUUACUGAUAUGUUAAAGCAGACAUGUAAUACCUUCGUGAUGAACACUCAACUGAUAGCAAAGCUGAAGCAGGCCAAUUUUGAUGUUCUGAUCGCUGACCCCCUAGCAGUAGGUGGGGAGCUGGUAGCAGAAAUUCUAGAAAUCCCUUUUGUCUACAGCUUCCGCUUCUCUGAUGGGAAUGUGGUAGAGAGGCUGUGCGGUGGGCUCCCGGCCCCCCCUUCUUACGUGCCUGCUAGCACAAGUGGGAUGACAGAUCGGAUGUCCUUCACGGAAAGACUAAAGAACUACCUCUUUUACAUGGAUUUAUUCUUCUCAAAGAUCUGGUGAGAUGAAUGGGAUGGGUACUAC